AUGGAGAUAUUUUCGCUUUCGGUCGGAUUUUUCGGUCUUCUACUCAUCUCAUUCAUCGUUGAGAGGGUCUUGAACAAGUUGAAGAAUGGAGUGCGACCCCCAUUGCCCCCCGGCCCAAAAGGUUUGCCGAUUGUGGGUAAUGUGAACGAUCUACCCAAACCUGGCGAAUUGGAUUACGUUCACUGGUUGAAGCAUAAGGAGUUAUAUGGUCCUAUUAGCUCCAUCACAACAAUGGGCCAGACAGUUGUAAUACUUAGUGAUCCACAACUUGCCUUUGAUCUCUUGGACAAGCGCUCAUUGAAGCAUUCCUCGAGACCUUCACAAACUUUCAUUGGCGAGAUGGUCGGUCUAGAGCACAUCACCGGCAUGGCCGUCUAUGACGAACGGUUCCGCGCACAGCGCAAGGCCAUGGGCCGGAUUCUCGGCUCAAAGAUGGCUGCAGCAAAAUACAACGAGUGGCAAGAGGCCGAGGUCGGGCAUCUUCUUCUGCAUCUGCUAGAUAGCCCGCAAAACUUUAUAGAACAUAUCAAGAAGGAAGCCGGUUCCCUCAUCCUCAAGAUUACGUACGGCUAUACAGCUGAACAGUUCAAGAAAGAUCCCUUCCUCGAGAUGAUUACCGAAACCAUGGACAACUUCUCGACGGGCGCUACGCCUGGUGCCUUCUUAGUUGAUGUUUUCCCCUUUCUGCGAUAUCUACCCAACUGGGUUCCUGGGACCGGUUUCAAACAGCUCGCAAAGGAAUGGAGAGCCCAGAUGGAGGAGACCAGAGACAAACCGUAUGCCUUCGUCCAACAUCAAAUAGCGCAGGGCAAGGACAACUCGUCUUAUUUGGCCAAUCUUCUCGACUCUCCUGAGCAAUCACUAUUCGACCAACACAACCACAAGCACUCGGCGCUAGCUGUAUUUGGAGGAGGUGCAGACACGACGGUAUCGACGGUCGCAUCCUUCUUCCUGGCGAUGAUGGUGUACCCCGACAUCCAGAAGAAGGCCCAGGAGGAAAUCGACAGAGUUAUUGGUAGUGGAAGAUUGCCGACUACUAAAGAUCGGGAGAACCUUCCUUACAUCGAAGCUCUCGUGAAAGAAACCAUGCGCUGGCACCCUAUUGGCCCCAUGGGCCUGCCCCAUUCUAGCACGGAGGAUGACGUUUUCGAGGGCUACUUCAUUCCGAAGGGAGCCAUGGUACUACCCAAUAUUUGGUGGUUCACUCAUGACCCAGAGCGGUACCCCGACCCGAUGAACUUUAAGCCCGAGCGCUUCCUUCAAAGUGACGGACACGAGCCUGAGGCGGACCCUCACAAGUUUGUCUUCGGGUUCGGCCGCCGAAUCUGCCCCGGUCGCAUCCUCGCCGAUAACUCCAUCUUUCUCAAUAUCGCUCAGUCACUUACCGUGUAUGAUUUCGCCAAGCCGAUCGUCGACGGCAAGGUCGUUGAGCCGGCAGUCAGGUUCACUACGGGCGUCAUCAGCCACCCGCAGCCAUUUGAGAUCUCCAUCAAGCCUCGAUCUGCCAAGCACGAGACUCUGAUUCGCUCAAUUGAAGAGACUUAUCCGUGGGAAGAGAGUGAUUCCAGAAUCCUCGAGAGGAUAGAGGUUUAG